UCUCGACGUCUUUCCGCUUCCAUUGGAUUGUUCAGCUACUCUGAACAUGGUGAGCAUUACGAUUUUAAUUGUUUUGGCUUUAAUCAGUUCCAGCAUUCAAGGCAAUCCUCGUCUUCCCGCUUGCGGUGGACAGGUGUUCGUUGAUGAUGCAAUUAUGAUAGAUGCUCAUUUAGAAAACGAUUGCGUUUGGCACAUCCAAACGCAAGACAAUCGCAUUUUAGUUUUCACGGUCGUGAAUGGAAACAUCGGAGAAGCUCACGAUGUUCUGACUAUUCACGAUGGGAGCAACGAAGACGCUCCCAUUCUUCGUGCGGACAAUCAGAAGAUCUUCGAAGUACAAAAGAAAGAUUUGCCUCAGGCCAUUUACUCGAGCCAAUCAACAGCUUUAUUGCGAUUCAAAAAGACGUCCGCCAAAGUCCAACUCAAGAUUCAAAAGGCUGUGGAUUGCCCGUUUAAUUUGGGAUUGGAAACCCAAUGCGGACGCAUUUUCAACGAAGUGUAGUGCUAUUGCGCAGUGUUCUCCUUGAGAACUCGUUCGGAUCAGUAUGGAUUCUGUUCUAGCAACGGCAUGCAGCUACUCACGCUUGAAAGUUAUCCCGAAGAACAAGCCAUUCACGCCGCUUGGGGCUAUGACGGCAUUUUCUGGACUUCAUUGACUGACUGGCCGAACGAAGGAUACUGGGUUUGAGAGAGCACCGGCGCUCCCUUAUACCCGGGCCAUGCAAAUUGGGGUACCGGCCAACCCGAUGACAGCAAUGGAAACGAGGAUUGCAUGACGAUCCGCUACGAAAGGUGGAACGAUCACAUAUGCAGCUGGGAAUUUCCAGCCAUUUGCGAAUCAAAUCCUUGAAAAAAGAAAUGGAACAUUUCAUUCACUAUGUUGAUUGUAUACAUCCUUUUGCAACACACGUAUAGGUUUCAAUAUUACAAAAAAUGAGGAGCUCAA